CGAGGACGCGCUAGUUGCGCAUGCGCAUUGUAAUACCGGCUGUUCGGAGCUUGAGGCGGCCUACAUCGGAGCAGAACCGGGACGUCAAAACGGAGGACGGCUGGACAGUCAGCAGGAUGAGCCUGGCAAAGGAGAACGCACGGCUGAAGAGCUACAAGAACAAGUCACUGAAUGCCGAUGAGAUGAGGAGGAGGAGGGAGGAGGAAGGCCUGCAGCUGCGCAAGCAGAAGAAGGAUGAGCAGCUAUUCAAAAGGAGGAACGUGGAGGUGGCAGAGGAUGGGCCUGCAGAUGAGGAGGACAUGUCAGACAGCGGAUAUCUGGAGUCGCAGGCCAACAAUGUCGACCUGAUAGGGACCGCUGUUAUCUCAGAAGACAUGAUCCACAUGAUUUUCUCAAGUGCUCCAGAGCAGCAGUUGAUGGGGACCCAGCGUUUCCGGAAGCUUCUGUCUAAAGAGCCCAACCCCCCCAUCGACGAGGUCAUCGCCACCCCAGGUGUGGUCGAACGCUUUGUCGAGUUCCUCAAGAGGAAAGAGAACUGCACAUUGCAGUUUGAGGCGGCAUGGGUCCUGACCAACAUCGCUUCUGGAACGUCCCACCAGACGCGCAUGGUGAUCCAGGCUGGGGCUGUACCCGUCUUCAUCGAGAUGCUCAACUCCGACUUCGAGGACGUGCAGGAGCAGGCGGUCUGGGCCUUGGGGAAUAUCGCGGGUGACAGCACCGAGUGCAGGGACUACGUGCUGGACUGCAGCAUCCUGCCCUCCCUCUUACAGCUGCUUUCCAAACAGAAUCGGCUGACCAUGAUGCGGAAUGCCGUGUGGGCCUUGUCAAACCUGUGCAGGGGGAAGAACCCACCACCAGACUUCUCCAAGGUGUCCCCCUGCCUUGGAGUGCUGUCCUGGCUGCUCUUUGUCAACGACACGGACAUCCUGGCUGAUGCCUGCUGGGCGCUGUCCUACCUCUCUGAUGGGCCCAAUGACAAGAUCCAGGCAGUUAUCGACUCAGGGGUGUGCCGGCGGCUGGUGGAGCUGCUCAUGCACUUGGACUACAAAGUGGUGUCACCGGCACUGAGAGCUGUUGGGAACAUUGUUACCGGAGAUGACCUGCAGACUCAGGUGAUCCUGAACUGCUCCGCCCUUCAGAGCCUGCAUCACCUGCUGAGCUGCCCCAAGGAGUCCAUCAAGAAGGAGGCAUGCUGGACCAUCUCCAAUAUCACGGCUGGCAACCGAGCUCAGAUACAGAUGGUGAUUGAUGCCAAUUUACUGCCAGGCCUGAUCAGCAUCCUGCAAGGGGCGGAGUUUCGCACCAGGAAGGAGGCGGCCUGGGCCAUUACCAAUGCCACCUCCGGGGGCUCUGCUGAGCAGAUCAGGUACCUGGUGGAACUGGGCUGCAUUAAGCCACUGUGUGACCUGCUGACUCUCAUGGACGCCAAGAUCGUGCAGGUGGCACUGAACGGCCUGGAGAACAUCCUGCGGCUGGGUGAGCAGGAGGCCAAGCGGAACGGCGGAGUCAACCCCUACUGUAGCCUCAUUGAGGAGGCCUACGGUCUGGACAAGAUGGAGUUCUUGCAGGGCCAUGAGAAUCAGGAGAUCUACCAGAAGGCCUUCGACCUGAUCGAGCGCUACUUCAGUACCGAAGACGAGGACCCUGCGCUGGCCCCGUCCGUCGACCGGCAACAGGAGCAGUUCCUCUUCUCAUCAUGCGAGGCCCCCAUGGAGGGCUUCCAGCUAUGAUGUGGGCCCUUCCCACUGUCGCUCUGGCCCCACCCCCAGGGAGGACCGCAGACACUCCUAGAUGGGGGAGACGUCGAAUGACGAUCAUGAUUAUCAACAAAGCCGUACAGUUGACUCAUUGCACGCAGUUUCUGAAUGAGAGCCCGUUUCCCAUCAUCUUCUGCAGCACUCUGAGGACGCCCCCCCACCCCACAGGGCAGCCAGACGCACACACUGGACUGACUGUGACCCCCACCCCCUGACUACUGGUCUGGCUGCCAGAUGCUUGGACUAACAAAGGAAAGCACUUAUGCCCUGACGUGGCCAAAGCGCCUCUUUUUUUUCGCGACUGCCUUGGUUGGUGCCCUGUGCUCACCGUGCUGCUCAUGCAAUAAAGUCGCGGUGUGAUUGAACCAGGGGGGCAGAGCCUGUGGGACUGACCAAAUGCCAUUGGCUCUUUCCUUCGACGAGACCACACAUUCCUUGUGCAGGAGUGUUGCCUAUUGCCAGGCCCCGCCCCCCUCGGAGGUCUGCCCCCCACAAGACACUCAGGAGCCGCUGGGAAUUUACCCCCCUCCAGCACAGACAGGUGAGCCGGCAGCUUGCUCCUGCCCGUCCGGCGAUGGGAUGCUCAUGGCGAAUCCCGACUCCCAUCCAUUCCAUGACAUUAGCACUUUCUCUGGAGGUUUGAGACUGAAGCAAACACAGAGCCGAGUUCUAGGCCUCUGCUGGACUGAAAGCAGCCCACCCCUGCUGCCGCCCUGCUCUUGAUGCCGGGGUUGGCAGCAGGCACUGUGGGGAGAGCCGGCGAGCCUGCCCUCCCAUGUCCACAGCGGCUCUCCCACUCUCUCCAAACCCCUUUCCGGAUCUGUGAACACCGCAGGUGCCAUAUUUUCAUUUAGUAAAGAACCAACAUCCAAAUUAAACUUGAAAAUACCUAGUUGUUUUGUUAACGUACAGAGUAGUUUACCAGCUUAAUUUUUUACUUCUAGAACGAAUGACUGAUCGAUUUGCCGUGUUCAAUGCCGAUGUCGUGCUAAGACUCUGUUUUUGUCUUAUGCCAUUUGCAUAAACGCUGUUUCAUGGA